AAUACCGAUAAAAAGAGUUCAGGUUAAAAGGGGUUAGGUUACAACUAGACCAGGAUGUCCACGGAACCUUUCUUUGUUAGGUUAUGCGGAACCAUUUUGUUGUUUAGAGUUUUGGGGAAAGGAUGUGUGGCAUAUGCAUUACUUUUCAUUAGACCUUCACAGUCAGUUCCAACCCUUCAGAGUUUCAGGUGCAUCUCUAGACUCAGGCGUUUGAGUCCUCACAUUGCAUCAGGCGUUUCCAUCCACGAGGUUGACAAACCCUAGAACUUUAAUAAUGCAUAUUUUUAUUAGAGGAGUUUGGUUAUGUUACUAGUCUAAUUUUAGAUGAAUGCACUGAAAUUGCUAGCUGCUUAUUCUCAUUCAUUUUGCAGCUUCAGAUAUCCUCUGUUGCAAGUAGUUAAAUGAUACAUGGCUCAUACGAUUAGCUUAGUUAAACACAGGGCAAAGAAUUUCAACGUUUCACUAGUAUAAUAUGAACUUUUAAGUUGCGUAUUGCUGAGUGUAAAACUGAAUCAGUAUGGGUGAAUUCAGAAUUUAGAGGACUACAAAUGUAACGUGGAAGAUACUUGGAUAAACACGGUCACAUAGUCGAGACUUGAUAGGUCACGAUCUGAGGCGAGAGAUUCUUACGCUGGCUCAACACUGUACGCUUCCAAAUGUGCUUAGCAACAGGCAACCCUCCCAGUGAGAACUCGGGGUAAAAUUUCAUUUCUCAGUGUCUUAAAAUAUUUGCAGUCGCUAAUGACUAAUGACUAACAUUCUUCUUUGUUCGUCUCUACUCCAAGUAACAAUAUGCCACAGCCUCUAUUUGUGGCUCUUUCCUGUGGGGACGGUUUAGAGUCAGAUUCUUAAGCCCUUGUCGUGCCAUCUUCUGCCGAAAAGUGUUCCUGGCGGUGUGUGAGGGAGCUGCGACAUUUCUCGACAGAGCCUGCUGCACCGCCGGCCGUCCUAAGUGAAGUUGCUAUCUUCUACUCCUCUUCUUUCCCCGCCCCCUCUGAAGCUGUAAGACUUGAUCCCGACUUAGGCUGGGUUGUCACCUGCAGCUCACCCGCCGGCUUGGCCCGGAGCAAGAAGCUUGUGCGUCACAGGUAUCGUGAGGCCACACCCCACACCCCGCGGAGGUUUCUCGCCCAUCGCCGUGCCCUGUGGCCAGCUCAUUUGGAUUGCUUGAUGCGGCCCUGUGCACUGUAUCUCUGGAGGCCACGGGGAACCGUUUUACCCAGAAAAGCAGCACAAGCUUGUCCGUCCAAGAGAAGAAGUCACUUUUAUUAUGUCGCCUUCUGCCUUCAAUCAAGACCAUGGUUUCUUGAAUAUGGACUUUCAAAGUCAAGAGAAAAAGGAAAGUGGUAGACGUCGCAUGUGGGGCUUAAGCAGGGCAGGAAUCCAGAGUCGCUCCUCUUUCUGUUCUGACCUUCUGCUGCCCCUGGACGCUCCAGUCACCAGUGUCCCUGGUCCCGUGGUGGCUUCUGCGGGCCGGUCCCCUAAGAACAGCCGCCAGGAGGUGAUCACCAUGUUUUGCGCGAAGCUGAAGGACCUGCAGAUCACGGGGGACUGCCCCUUCUCGCUGCUGGCCCCUGGCCAGGUCCCCGAAGAGCCCGCGGGCCAGGCCCCCGAAGAGCCCGCGGGCCAGGCGGCAGGGGGCGGGCCCGCAGCUCCGCCCGGAGGGCAGGGCCCCUGUCCCGGCGACCCCGGGAAGAAGCCGCCCGGAGGGCUUCCUCAGAGGAAAAGCAGCCGUAGCCGCGUCUACCUGCACACUUUGGCAGAGAGUAUUUGCAAACUGAUUUUCCCGGAGUUUGAGCGGCUGAACCUUGCCCUUCAGAGAACACUGGCAAAACACAAAAUAAAGGAAAGCAGGAAAUCUUUGGAAAGAGAAGACUUUGAAAAAAUAAUGGCAGACCAAGCGAUUGCAGCAGGAGUCCCAGUGGAGAUCAUCAGAGAAUCUCUCGGUGAGGAGCUUUUUAAAAUAUGCUAUGAAGAAGACGAAUACAUCCUAGGUGUGGUCGGAGGAACCCUGAAAGACUUUUUAAAUAGCUUCAGCACCCUUCUGAGACAAAGCAGCCACUGCCAGGAGGCAGAAAAGAAGGGCAGGUUUGAGGACGCGUCCAUCCUAUGCCUGGAUAAAGAUCCCGAUUUCUUAAAUGUUUACUAUUUCUUCCCCAAGAGGAUCACUUCCCUGAUUCUCCCCGGCAUCGUUAAGGCAGCUGCUCGCAUCUUGUACGAGACCGAAGUGGAGGUGUCCUCGACGCCCCCCUGCUUCCACCAGCACUGCAGCGAGUUCAUGGACCAGCCCUGCCUGCUCUACUCCGUCCACGUCAAGAGCCCCCGACCGGCCCCAGCCCCGGGGAAGCCCCCGUCCUCGCUGGUGAUUCCCGCGUCGCUCUUCUGCAAGACCUUCCCCUUCCAUUUCAUGCUGGACCGAGACAUGAGCAUCCUGCAGGUGGGCAACGGUAUCAGGAGGCUGAUGAGCAGGAGAGACGUGCAAGCGAAGCCUCACUUCGACGAGUACUUCGAGGUUCUCACUCCCAAAAUCAGCCAGACGUUCAGCGGAAUCAUGACCAUGUUGAACAUGCAGUUUGUGGUCCGCGUGAGGAGGUGGGACAACGCCGUGAAGAAAUCUUCCAGGGUGAUGGACCUCAAGGGCCAGAUGAUCUACGUGGUGGAGUCCAGCGCCAUCCUGUUCCUGGGCUCGCCCUGCGUGGACAGACUGGAGGACUUCACGGGCCGGGGGCUCUACCUCUCGGACAUCCCCAUCCACAACGCGCUGCGGGACGUGGUCCUGAUCGGAGAGCAGGCCAGGGCGCAGGACGGCCUGAAGAAGAGGCUGGGCAAGCUCAAGGGCACGCUGGAGCAGGCCCACCAGGCCCUGGAGGAGGAGAAGCGGAAGACGGUGGACCUCCUGUGCUCCAUCUUCCCCUGCGAGGUGGCGCGGCAGCUGUGGCAGGGCCGGGCCGUGCAGGCCAAGCGGUUCGGCGACGUCACCAUGCUCUUCUCGGACGUCGUGGGCUUCACGGCCAUCUGCUCUCAGUGCUCCCCGCUGCAGGUCGUCACCAUGCUCAACGCGCUCUACACCCGCUUCGACCAGCAGUGCGGGGAGCUGGACGUCUACAAGGUGGAGACCAUCGGCGAUGCAUACUGUGUGGCUGGGGGCUUGCACAAAGAGAGUGACACCCACGCUGUUCGGAUCGCACUGAUGGCCCUGAAGAUGAUGGAGCUCUCUGACGAAGUGGUGUCUCCCCACGGAGAGCCCAUCAAGAUGCGCAUUGGACUGCAUUCUGGGUCGGUUUUCGCCGGAGUUGUCGGAGUUAAGAUGCCCCGUUACUGCCUUUUUGGAAAUAAUGUCACCUUGGCUAACAAGUUCGAGUCCUGCAGUGUCCCCCGGAAAAUCAACGUCAGCCCUACCACCUACAGAUUACUCAAAGACUGUCCUGGUUUUGUGUUUACACCUCGAUCAAGGGAGGAACUCCCACCAAACUUUCCUAGUGACAUUCCUGGAAUCUGUCAUUUUCUGGAAGCUUAUCAACAAGGAGCAACGUCAAGGCCAUGGUUCCAGAAGAAAGAUGUUGAGGAAGCCAAUGCCAAUUUUUUAGGCAAAGCAUCGGGAAUAGAUUAGCCCAAUAUACACCCAAUUGUUAGUCUUUGGGCUGGAGUCCUUGGAGCGUGUGGACCUUCUGAGAGCACACUGGCAGCGAGCUCAGGAGCAGUAAUAACAUUUGGGGAGCUAAGUCACCAUCUGCUUUUCCUUCCACUUAACAUGACAAAAAUGUAUUCACCUCAAUAUUCAACUCUUCAGUGAGAAAGAAAGAGAGAGAGGAGAGAGAAAGAAAGAAGGAAAGAAAGAAGCCUCAAAAAGCGACUUUGGGGGAAUAUUUCUGAUAUAUAAGAAUAGCUUAUAACCUGUAUUCAGAACUCAGCGCCUUGUUCAGAUAUUGGGUGAUUGUAGUGACCUGUACAGCCUGGUGGCGUCGCCUGCCUUAUGCCCGGGCCAAACUCCCUGGUUAUCAAAGCGCUUCUCAUAGUGUUGGUUGCCUUAAAAGUGCUUUUUGAAUAGAAACCGUGGUCUUUGAUACCCUAAGCUCUUUGAACCUUUCAAGUCUGCAUUUUGUUACAUUUCCUCAUUUAACUGUUAGCAUACAUAACGAAAUAGAUUGAGGCUUUCUUCUGUUGCACUUUUUUCUUUUUCUUUUUUUAGAGGAAAUAAGCCAUUAUGGGUUAGAUGCAAUAUGAAUCUAAAGUAGUUCUGUAAAUAUCAAAGAUGAUUUUAUAAAAGUAUUCUCCACAACAUAAUGUGUCGUAACAAUAAAUAUUUCCUUUUUUGACAUUUUAAAAAGUCUAUAUAUGGGAAAGGCUAUUUUAAUUCAUAAGAGCAAUUUCAUUUCUAUUAAUUAAUUUUUGUGUCAUAAUCUUCAGGAUAAAAGAGGGUUACGGCCUACAUUAAAAUGCAAUAAUAUUAUUCUAAUUUACUUUACCCAGAAGCAACAUGGAGUAAAGGCAGCAUUCAGGGAAUGAAUCAUAACAUACAGAAGUAAAACAUUUACACACACGGCACUAAUUUGGAUCUAUUUCAGCAGACACCCUCCAUUGCCAGGCUGAGCCGUAUAUAAAGUUCCAUUAGGAAAAUCUAAGUUCAGAAGUGGGAAAUAAGACUUGUUCUUUUUGCUGAUAGCUUAUUUUUUAAGUAUUUGUGUUGAACGCUUUGGUGUGUAUGUAUGUCCUUAGAACCACCAGGACUCUUUGUCUUAAGUACACAUCUGUGAGUUUUUUAUUCUAGCGAAAUUAAUUCAAUGAUAUUUUUAAAGAGGGUGUUAAUAUUGAUGAAGAAAAUUAUGCUGUGAUUUCAUUGUAGAAAUUUCAAAACAUUUUUCUGGAACGUGAACUUUUAAUAAUGUUAGUCUAAGAUCUCUGGUGAACUAAGUAACAUGCAGAGUUUGGUUGGAGAUAAGGAUCUGAUUUUAAAAAGAACGCAACUUCACAGCAAGGGAAAGAUGAACAUUACAGUGUUUAAAUCAGUAUUAGCAGAGCUAUAGAUACACUGAACUCUUAUUUGGGGAUCCAAGGAGUACGUCAGCUGGAGUUUUUAACUUUAUCUCCACUAGUCCUCAGGCCAGUGCACGGUGACCUCGGGAAUAAAGGCCAUUACUGGCUGGCCUCUAGCAUCCUGGCGUAUUACUAUACAUAUCACAAUAAUUAUUAUUUACUCAAUGAUGCUCCAGUGUCUCGAGGUACUGAAUAGGGCUCAUUAAAUAACAAUCCUAUUAUUGGAGAGUAUCACAGGCCUUGGGAAAAUAUAGUCUCACAAUUAUAUGAAGUUAGUAAAAGUAUUUAAAAGGAAAGUAAAGACUUAAAUACAUUUUUCUUUCUGGAAAUGAGCCCUUAUUACACGGAAAAUAUUAGGAAUUAAGGGAAAUUAAAAAGCAUAAAAUAAUGUGUCUUAUUUAUCACCUAUUUAAGCAGACCCAAAUUUGCUAAUAAUUUAUGUUCCAAAAGUUGUAAAUUAAUUAGAAUUCAAAAAAUUUUUUCUGUGUAUGUGUGUAAACACACACACACACACACACAUAGAACCAGUGGAGGAGAAUGUGAACAAUCUGAAUAAAAGCUCCAUGGGAAUUCCUUGUACUAUUCCUUCAACCUUUCCAUAAGUUUGAUAUUUUAUCCAAAUAAAAAGUUACCAAAAAUGUAUUUU